GCCGUCUAUUAUAAUGCACGGCUGGUUAGUUGGUCUCCCUGGUGCAGGUUGGAACAGCACCUCUGUUUUGCUGAGGCUGAUAGUCAGGCCAAACAGUUUUGUUGCGGUGGAGAACCUGUCCACAAUGGUUUGGAGAUGAUUUUCUUGGUGGGCCAUCAGAACCCAUUGUAUUUAUCACCAAACGUUCCCUUUUCCCAACUCACCUACUGCUAUUGAGUAGCAGGACAAGAAACCAUUCAGGCUUACAACUUGGGUAUCAUCCUCAACUCUUCACUUGCACUCAACCCCCAUAUCCAAGCUGUUGCCAAGUCUUUUCCUUUCUGUUUCCCAACAUCUCUCCUGUUAUCUCCCCAUUUCCCCUUAUCUUCACACUUAGCUGUUUGUUGAUUUCUUGACUUCCUGGCUUGGUUGUAACCCUGAAAAAACUUUUCCCCUAACACUUAAGAUAGUUUCCUUUUUAUAAAAUGAAGGACUGAAACUAGAUUGAAUCUAAUACUUUACUGCCUCUUUAUAUUUUUCUCUCCUUUUGCUUCCAAGACACAACACUCCUAGUUUUCCCCCUACCUCUUCUGCCUCCUUCUGCCCCCCAAAGGGGUGAUUCCCAUCUGAUCAUUUGGGUACAAAAUCAACUUCUUACUAUACCUAGCAGUCCCCAGACAAUUUAUCACAUCCAGUCCAGCCAUUUGCCAGGUCUGCUCAAGUGUUUUGUACUUUGACCUACCAUUGAGCAAAUGCUCUCUUCUUCUAUCCCUCCCUUAAUCACUUCCUCCUCUUCCUCUGGGCACAGUAAUCAAAGAAAUACUAUCAUUCCUUUUGGAAAUAGCAUGACAGUGUAAGAAUUGAAAUAAUAUUUCUACCCAGAUAUAUAUUUUAUAAAGUUUAUUAGAAAGGGUAGACAAUCAUUCCUCUAAGUAACCUGACCACGUGUUGCCUGACCUGCCAGUCCCUUCCUCUUUUCCUCUUAUCUGCCUGCUCUCUCUCCAUGUUCAUUUAAAAGCCCAGGUCAGGCUUUGCCCCUUCUUUUAUUGACAUUCAAAGACACUGUACUGGCAUUUUAAGAAUGUUGACGAACCAGGUCAGCAAUCCAGGAGGGGGAGGGUAUGAACUUCCUUGACAUAAUCUUCCCUGUGAUCCUUUGGGAGACCGGUCUCCCCAAUGGAUCAUUUAAAUAUAACUAUCUUAAACUCUAAAUACCUUCUAACUAAAAGUACAUAUAAUAUUGCGUUUUUCUAAAAGGAAGUUACAAUAGUUAGAGAUGAGAGUAAAAUACAAAAACUGAUUGAUAGACGCAUUGACAAAAUACCAAUUAGGGGGCAGUCCCCUUUGGCAUAAGAGUUUACAUUUAGAAUAAGUAUGUUCAACCCCCUUCAAUUCAGUUCAUUAUAUCCCAAAGUUCAUCCUGAAUCCCUUGAUGGAGUGUGUGGCUUCCCCAGGCAUCUUCACAGCACCCUCUCCAAAAGAAUCUGCUCUCCUGAUUCAGGAUGUUGGCAAGUUUCCCUUCCUGAAAUUUCUCCAAAAAUUUCAAAUCUUGCAUUUUAGGAUAAACACACAAUCCUCCCUGAGGAGGGCGCCGAUCAACACCAGAAUCAUACCCACAUACAUGACUGAGUUAUGAGGUACAUGAAACAAUUAUCAAAAGAAAAAACAAAAACCAACCACCCACAAAAAAGUCCCAAAAUAAAAGACAAAAAUUAAAUUCUGUAUAAAAAUAAGAAGUACAGAAAUGAUAAAAAAAAAAACAAAAUAAAAUUCUUGUAUAAAAUUCUGAGCAAAAAAUAAAAACCUGUAACAGGUUUUUGAAUCCUAGCAAGGCUCCAUUAAAGUGACCUCUGUCCCACAAGCCUGUAGGACAAUAGCAGCAAUACAGCAUUUUACCCAUUUGCAGCUAGGACUACAGAAAAUUAAUACUGAUUUCAUGUAUUUCAAAAGUAUCACCAAGGCUAGGAAAAAAAGAAAGAAAACAGAACAGAAUAAUAUUUCUUAUAAAUGUAUCGAGUCAUAUCACCAUUCUGUACAAAAAUUCAAUGGCUCCCUGUUACCUUCCUUGAAAAAUGGGGAUUAAAAAGAUAGCUCCAAGGGACCCAUGAUGAAAAAUGCUACCCAACCAUAGAAGGACCUGAUGGAGUCUGAAUGCAAACUGAAGCAUGCCAUUUCUCACUUUAUUUCCUUCAUGAUUUCUUUUUUGUAUGUACAAUUUGUGUCUUCUUUCACAACAGGAUGAAUAUGGAAAUAUAUAUUACAUGAUAGCACAUUUACUGCCUAUAUCAGAUUAUAGAUUAUAAAUUAUCUAGAGAAGGGAGGAAAAGGAGGAAGGGAGAGAAUUUGGUUUGCAAAAUGUGAGAAAACAAAUGUUAAAAAUUAUCUCUACAUGUAAUUGGGGAGGGAAAUAUAAUAAAAUAUUCCUGAGAAAAUUAAUGGAUCAAGGGCCUCCAUAACUUAGUGAUACUCAACCUUUCCAGCCUUACGCCAUCUUCUUCCCUUUCACAGAAUCUGUACAUUCAAGCUACUUGGGAAGACUCUCUAUUUCCUGAGUGCAUGCUGUUGUACCUACAUGCAAUAUGGUUUAGUGGAAGGAUAGCCAGAUUUGGAGCACAUGUUGACAACUCAUGUUCAGGAACCAGCUUUGCUACUUACUCCUCAUGUGACUUUGAGCUGGUCACUAAACCUCACCUGUGCCUCAGUGUCCUUCUUGGUAAAAUGAGGGGUUCAGAUUAGAUUCUGCCUGAGAUACUGCCUACCUCUAAAUCUAUGAGAAUUCUAUGUCCUCUGGAAGCUGAUGAGUUCCUGUGUUUCUCUCCUUUUAUAAAUUAAAAAAAAAAAUUUAAGGUAUCCUAAGCAGACAUUCAAUAAAUACUAUGUACCAAACACUAGUCUAAGGCUUGAGGAUUCAAAAAAGGGCAAAAAACAAAAACAAAAACAAAAACAAAACCCCAAAGAGUCCCUGCCUUUAGGGGAUAGUAUUAAGGGGGGAGAUAACAUACCAGCAAGAAUGCAGAUGUGGAGUCCCAGCCCCUACAUAAAAUUCUUGUGUGGGUUUAAUCACCUGUGGAGGGAAGCUAAAGACUGGGAAGGUAGUGGGUAAAGAUUAAGGACUAGAAGAAUGGUACAUAGAAGGAGCAAUGAGACAAGGAACAGAGAAAGAACUUCAGUGUCAUUGUCAGCAGGUCAGCACUCAGAGAAUCCAAGAGCUCCCUGACCACCCUGCACUGUUUUAUUAAAGGAUUCAAGGAUUGGGGGUUUGCAGGAUGUCAAUCAAACAAGUAAAACAACAAAAGUAUUACCAUAGUAUUGACAACCAAUUACCAGAUAAAGGAAUGGAUAGCAACACAAUUGUACAGCAGGGUGCCCAGGAAAGAAGCUCCUUUGAAGGUGCUUCCUGACUUUGAUCAAACCUUCUUCCUCCCAGAACACUGUCCCAAAUUUACUCAGAUGUUAAUUUUAGGUCUUUGACAUUACAUAGCCUUUCAGACUGCAGAUAAUAGUAGAGGUUUAAUUUUAAGUUCCACAAAAUUUAAGUCUCCAAUUUAAGGAUUCAGGAAUCAAUCAUGUGAAAUAUUAGAAACAUAUCCAUAAGUCUGGUACAUGAACCCUUUGCUCAUUAGUCAGCUUUUGAGUAGAUCUUUAAUAUCUUCAUGAUUCCUUAUAACUGAAAUCCUUCAGUAGAAACAAUAUAGACAAAAUAAAUGGGAGAUAGUCAACUGAGGGAAGAGAUUAACAUUAAGAGACUAGUUGGAAGCCUUUGAAAGAAAUACUUAUCAGUUGUAAUAGCUGAAGGGUAGGAAGGAGUCCUUCCUGAAGUAAUUAAAGAAGUGACCUGAACUAGGUUCACCAGAUUGAUCCACAAGAAGGAUUAGAACCCAGAGUUUGAAACCACCUCACCCCAUAUUUUUUUUCAAACCCAUAUCUUCCAUAUUAAUUUUAAGGUGGAAGACUUAUAAAGACUAGGCAAUGGGAGUUAAAUUACUUGCCCAGGAUUAACUUUAAUAACAUCUAGGUGAGAAUAGGCGUCAAUCAGAAGACCCUAGAUUAAGUGUGCAAAGGUCUUCCUACUAGAAUGACUUUGCACAAGAUUCAUAUUCAGGGGGAUAGCUCCAUGGCAGGGGUAGGGCAGCAGGCCUGGAGUUGGGAGGUUCUGGGUUCAAGUGUGGCCUCAGAUACUUCCUAGUUGUGUGAUCCUGGGAAAAUCACUUAACCCCAGUUGCCUAGGCCUUACUCCUUUUCUGUCUUAUUCUAAGACAGAGGGUAAGGGUUUAAAAAAAAAAAAACAGGAAUCCUUUUCAAUUAGGCCCAAAGAUCAUCAAUAAAUUAUCAAAUGAGUUGAGAAGGGAAGCAAUUCCAGAAAUCAGGGUGUGGAGUUCUUUCAGAAAUUGCCUAAGGAGGAAGGAGAGGCUGAGACUGAGGCCAGAUAUCCUUCCCUGCCUCUUUCAACAGGAGUAGGACUUUUGCUUCAAGGGUUCAGCAGAUAUUGGUCCUCCCCUCUACUCACUGAUGGCCAAAACAUCACCCCAGGAUGAUUGGCAGGGACAUCUACAUCUUCUGGUGUCAAGGAUGCAUUGGAGUCACUGAUAAACAAGGAGCUGAGCAAAGAGAGCAAAGGGACACUCCAUGGAUAGAAGGAAAAGAUUUCUAGCUACCAGGAAUGGUGAGUUAUGUUUUUGCUACAUGUGCUUUGUAAGAUUAGGCCCCCUUUCCCCUCAAUUCUGUAUGUCCUGUGGGAAACUGUCACAGACCUUUAGCUCAUGUUUGAAAUUAGCUCUUAUUUGUACUGCCUUAGUAAGUAUUGCCUUUUCUAAAAGCUACAUAAGACUGACUAAUUGAUGUACAACAGACAAUUUUUUGGGAGAAGCGUACCAGUGGGGGCUCAAGCCAAUGGCACAAGAGAAAGCUACCCCAUUGCCCUCUAAGGAUAUCUCUAGAGACCUGAGGGGUAUAAUUACCCAGGUGGGCAGUGGCCAGAUGGAGAUUUAAUGGUUUUAGAAUGGUUGUCCUAGGACAUUUCCAAAAUUUAAUGUCUUUUGUUUUGUUAGAGGAAGUAAAAUUGCUAACCCUAAACUAUAACUGUUUUUAUCAUAUUAUGAACCUUGCCUUGUUCAGUAACUUUACAGAUGGUAACUUUAAAAUAUGGUAAAGAUGUGUCUAAUGAAAUGAAGGAACUGUCAUUUUAGACACCUCUCUCUCGUGUCAGUGCUUGAGAAUAGAAUGAUGAAUUAAUAAAAAUCAUCUGUGGCAGACUUGUGCCAAGAACAGAAGGUACAAUGUUAAUGUUUUUUUCUUCAGUAUAGAGCUUUAUUUGCACCUCUAGUGCAUUGACAUGUAUUACUGUUUAUUUGUUACACAUGGUGUUUUUCCUUACUAGAAUGUGAGUUCUAUAAGGGGAGGAAAUAUGUUUGACCAAAAUUUUCUUUCUCCUCUAACACCUAGCUUCAUGUUUUGCUUAAGAGCCCAAACAAAAGUCCUGUCACUCUUCACUCUGACUCCCCUCCUUUCUUACCUCCAGGGAAGGAACUCAAAUGUAGCUCAGACAACCUUGGCACACUCUCUGGGUGCUUCAGUAUCCUACUCACCUCAUGUGACCUGGAUCUCAUCUGUGGGCAAAACUGUUAGGAUUGUUAACUAUUCACAUUCCUAAGGCUUGAUCAUCCAUUCCAUUUUUUUCUUCCCUCUGAUAGUACAGAAGUUGAAUUCAGACCUUCACCUUGGAAGACCUGGCAGAGUAUCUCAGAGAGAACUUUCAAUGAAGAAACCUUUCCUUGAAGAUCUGCACAUGCUAGGCAACUUAUCACUUUGAAGUGUUGCCUGUCUCACCCGCUGAUGUCCACAGCUGAAUAAUGGCAUCCAGGCGAGUCACAAGGGAAACUUUUGAUGCUGUAAUACAAGAAAAGGUUAAGAGAUAUCACAUGGACCACAGUGAUGCUGUAGAAGACACUCUUCAUCAGUUUAAGUCUCAAGGUCAUUCAAGGUCAAUCCCAAGAUCAAGAGCAGACAGAUAUGAUGACAGUUUUCAUGAUGAUGGAAGGUAUUCUCAUGAUCUAGUACAUCAUCCUCGUGACACUUGGCGAGAAGAGCUAAGGGAUGAUGUAUUUCCCGGACCUUCCUUUAGGCCUAACAGUCCUCCCAUGAGUGAAGAAAACUACUAUCAGGAAGAUUUUGGACGGGAUAGAGACUUUUCUCGUGCCGACUCUCGGGACAGGGACUUCAGCCGGGUUAGCUCCAGAGAGCGGGAUUUUGGCCACCGGGACUUUAGUCAUUUUGGUUCUCAGGAUCAGGAGUUUAGUCAUACUGAAUCUUGGGAUCAUGACUUUGGCCACCAAAGUUCACAUGAACCUUCUUGGUCUCAUGAGAGUGACUUUGGUCCCGAGAUACUGGGUGACUUUAGAUCACCGGGUCUUAUGGAUGAAGAAUAUGUGGACAUGGAUAGUCAGGAGUAUGAUUUGGACUUUCCAGGAGAGGCAGAUUAUGAAUUCCAGCAACCAAUGCAUAGGGGCAGAGGAAGGGUGAGGAGUAGGGGCCGAGGUCGGGGAGGUAUUGACCGGGGUGGAAUUCUUCAGAGUAAGCGGGCAACCAGAGGUACACUUAAAACCAAAGUCAUUAAAGGGGAUGUCAGAAAAAUUCCCACCCUAAGAAAAGUAAACACCAAAAAACUGACCCCUGUUAUUCCCUACCGAGUUAUCCCCAAAACUCGAGGUACUAAUCGAAUUAGAAAAACUAUUCUGAGACCUGAUCUGAGUCCUGUUGUCACCCAAAGGACUGAAGAUGUCCAACGUCCUGUUCGAAAGACACUUUUGCGCCCUAAUCAGAAGACUGGUCGGCCACCUAGAGGAGAAGUCAGUUUUGACUUAGUUGACAAAUCUGACAUUUUUUCAACAUUUGGGAUAGAGAUAAUCAAAUGGGCUGGAUUUCAUAAGAUAAAGAAUGAUCUGGAGUUUUCACAGCUGUUUGCAGCUCUCUUUGAGCUAGAAACGGAAACUUGUGCAAAGAUGCUCGCCUCAUUCAAAUGUUCUCUGAAACCAGAACAUAGAGACUUCUGUUUCUUUACCAUAAAGUGUUUGAAGCAUUCUGCUUUAAAAACCCCCAAAGUUGACAAUGAGUUCUUAAAUAUGCUCUUGGACAAAGGUGUUGUGAAAACCAAGAAUUGUUUCUUUGAAAUCAUAAAGCCAUUUGACAAAUACAUGAUGAGGCUCCAAGACCGCCUUUUAAAAAGUGUCACUCCCCUGCUCAUGGCUUGCAAUGCCUAUGAAUUAAGUGUUAAGAUGAAGGGUUUUAGUAAUCCUUCUGAAGUGGCAGGUGCCUUGGAGACAACCAACUCCCUCUGUCGUAAAUCUCUGGCACUUUUGGGCCAGACAUUUUCCUUAGCCUCCACAUUUCGACAAGAAAAAAUAUUAGAAGCUGUUGGCCUCCAAGAAGUAGCUCCAGUUCCAGCAGCUUUUCCUAAUUUUGAUGACUCAACUUUGUUUGGAAGAGAAUAUAUAGAGAAUCUAAAAGCCUGGCUAGAGAAAAGUGGACAUCCCAUCCAAAUGAAGAAGACUGAGACAAGGUCUACAGAAGAGGUGACAAGUGUUUCUUCUCCAAAUUCAAAUAUGAUUCCAGAGGCUCUAAGUGGAGUUCCUCAGCGAGCAGACAGAAAGGUUGUUGAGACAAUUGAAAAAUUUGUGAAGAGUAUAAUUGAAGGCAACUUGUCCCCAAAAGAAAGAGCAUCACUAAAGAAGAACCCUACUUAUUGGUUCUUAUCUGAUGAAGAUAGUCUGGAGUUCAAAUAUUAUAAGUUGAAGUUGGCAGAAAUGCAGAGGAUAAAGGAAAUUAAAAAAGAUGAGGAACACCUGCCAACUUCAGAGGAAUGUGCUGUGAGAGCAAUGCUGUAUGCAAGGAAAGUCCAGAGCCUGAAGAAAAGAUUGAUUCCCCGGAAAAGGCUCAGGCUCCUCUCAUCUUGGGGGAUCAGUAGCUGGAAGUCAAGAAAAGCAACUGUGGGGACACAAACCCUUCUUUCAGCAGGAACCAUGCUGAAGCACCAGGUCAGACAUGCCCAUGGAGGGUUCCAGGUAAAGCCUUCUUUGCCUGACAUAAACUGCCUUGAGAAGAACUUACCAUCAGAGGAAUCUGAACCUCUUACUUGUGACCCCAGCCCAAGACCUUUGACCUGCCAUCCAGGAGCAAUAGAGCCUGAAACCUCUUCUGCCUUGCCUGAGCCACACCAGGCUCCUCCACCUUCUCAAUUUGCCAAUGUUGAUGCUAAGACAAUGGAUACUGCUGAAAAACUAGCUAAAUUUGUUGCUCAGGUGGGACCAGAAAUUGAACAAUUUAGCAUAGAAAACAGCGCAGACAACCCAGACCUGUGGUUUCUACAUGACCAAAAUAGUCCUGCCUUCAAGUUUUAUAGAAUGAAAGUGUAUGAACUGUGCCCUUCCAUUAAUUUCGUAAAAGCCCCACUAAACCUCAAAGCAGGUGAGAGUCUGAAAUCAAGGAAGGCUUCAGAUCGUGGAGAAGAAGAGCUUGAGGGAGAUCAUUCUCAACAAGGGACUGAACUUGAGUUAGAAUUAGGGCCUGAGGAGGAAGAGGAAGAGGGUACAGAAGAUGACACCUCAGUUCAAGAAACAUCGUCCAGAAUUAGAGAAGAAACUGGGAGAGCAUCUCAGUCAGAGGGGAUCACCUCUGAGGAGGCACAGAACACAGGAGCGGAGGGCGAUGGUGCCGGUUUAGCAGCUCUGUCACAGGCCUCUGCUUCAAAUGCCUGUUUCCCCCGAAAGAGAAUCAGCAGCAAAUCACUAAAAGUUGGCCUGAUCCCGGCUCCCAAGAGAGUGUGUCUUAUAGAGGAACCUAAAGUUCAUGAACCUGUGCGAAUUGCUUAUGACAGGCCCCGGGGACGCCCUGUGUCCAAGAAGAAGAAACACAAAGACUUGGAAUUUGCUCAGCAGAAACUGACUGACAGGAAUGUGGGUUUUCAAAUGCUUCAGAAGAUGGGCUGGAAGGAGGGAUAUGGCCUGGGCUCACGUGGGAAAGGAAUUAAGGAACCUGUAAAAGUGGGAACUACCUCUGAAGGGGAGGGCUUGGGUGUUGAAGGGGAAGAAAAUAACGAAGAUACAUUUGAUGUUUUCCGUCAAAGAAUGAUACAAAUGUACAGGCAGAAACGAGCAAGUAAAUAGGUUUACAGAAGAAAUGUGUUAACAGGCUGAAAACGCUGGUGUUUGAUAAAGCUGCUGCCCUACAGGCCUUUUGGUGAUUUUUAGUUCACUUCGGCAAUGUGCAAAGGGAUUUUUCUUUGUCAUGGUGAACUCAAAAGUUGAUAUUACUCACCUACUAGUUUGCCAAGCUUCAGUAUUAGCCUUGUACUUGAUGCACAGGCUAACAGUCUGGGUGCUAACUUACCUGGAAGAGACUCUUUUUGAUUUUCAGAAUUUGUCCCAUCUUUUUGCUAAGGUUUUAUCUCACAGAUGAAGAAGGCCUGCAUCAGAGCAUAUACAGCAAACAAGACAACUCAGUGGUCCAAAGAAGACAGUUCCAAACAAUUGAAAUGAAACUUUUAAUUCCCCAUUUUCCUCAUCUAAUUACUACUGACAUUUUUUCCAUUUAAUUUUCCUAUUCUUUUUUCAGAUGCCUUCUUUUUUCCCACCUAUUUCCCAGCCAGACUUUGGCCAAAUAAUUGUCUUCAAGGAACAACUGAACAACAUUGAUCAAAGAUACAGCCUUAAGAUGAUUAAUCUUGAAAUUCCUUUUUCAGUGACCUGCAUUAUCAGCAGAGCCAGUAUAUCUGAGUGGAUGGUUGUAAUGAAUGUACACAAAGGAAAUUUCCGUUUUGGGGGUGAAGAUUAUUUUUUCUUUUUUGGGGGAAAAGGAACCCUACAUUUUGAGAGAUCCUUUUGUUUGUUUUUAAUCUUUAUUUUAAGCACUUUUAACUACAAGUGUUUUUUCAAGUCUUUACAUAGUUUCCUUUUUUGCUCCUCAGGAAGCAGAAAUGAACUAAGUCAGUUUCAUGUUGUCCUACCAGAAGGUAGUAUUUAAGUGAGAUUUAAACUAUAAAAGAGCCCAAUUCUCUGAUUUCCUAUCCUGUGUGCUAAAAAAAAUGCAAUUGUUUCUGAUCUGAUUGAACAUUGAUUGACAUCCAGAAGCUCUGUCAGCAAGCUUCUCCUUUGCUCAUGAGACCAAGUAUAACCCAGGAAUGAUUACGAAUUUCACUUUCUAAUCGCCUUUCUGAAUUUCAGAAGACAAACUUCGGUGCCAAAAUGAGUCCACUGGAGAAUGUGUCUCCGGAGGUUGUUCAGAAGACAGGGAAGCCUUUGGAUUUGACAAGUGUGUUUACCUGUGGGCAAGUCUUGUAACCCUUCAGUGUAUCUUAGACCUAAUAUGGUUUUGCAGUAGUCUUAGAUAACUUUUCAAUGGGGAACAACAAUCCAUUAGGCUACUUAACUUCUUUCUCCCCACUUGGCAAGGGUCCUAGGAAUUCACAAUCAGAUUGUGCCACAGUUGUUAAAAUUUAAUUUAAAAACACACACUUUUGUGUCUUGUCCAUUGCCUCUUCUGAUAUAUUUUGAAAACUAUUAAGGACUCUUUCUUUUUUAGCAUGUGUGGCAAUGAGAUUAUUUUAUUAUAGUCCUUGUGAGGGAAAAGGGGGGAAAAGUCCUGUCUUGGGAUUUCCCAUGCAUCUGCUUCUUAUUUGAAAGACUAUGACUUACAGUCUUAAUCCAUCUAGCAGCAUAUACUUCUUGUACCUACAUGCAAAAUUCCUAAGCUACCAGAAAUUAAGUCCUUUUUGAUAAAGUGUCAGUGUUAAGAUUUUAAAUAAGUGUUAAAAUGCAAGACAACUUGGGAUCCUCUUCAGUAAAUUAAUACAACUGUCCUGAUGAUUCAGCUGUAAAGCUAGAGGACAGAGAUCAAUCGCUUCUCCUUGGAGAGUUAAAGAAACGAGAGAACUGUCUUCAUUUUGGGUUUGUUAAGGAAUCAGUGCUUCCUCAAAGCAAAAAACAAAAACAUCCUCCAUGUUUCUCUCAUUACCUUGGCUGUCAGUGACACCACUAAUCCAACCCUCCAGGAAUAUACCACAAUUCUUUACAAGGCUGGACCCUUUUUUCCAGAUGCUAUCUUGAAAUUGAACCAACUACCAAAGCAAAAUACCAGUAGGUAUACAAUGUAUUUACUCUUGCUGGUACAGUGGCAUCUUGUUUUUCCAACUGGUAAAUGCCUCUGUCUUUGAACACACAGAAGUUUGAAAUGUCAAGACUGGUGCAUAUGUUUCAAGACCUAAAGACAAUUCUUACUUUUCCUUUGGGAUUUGGUUUGGAGAUGCUGAAGAGUUUGGCUUAUGGGAUGAACAAAUGUGCCUCAUCCAGAAAAGUUAAAUAAAACAUCAAGUGAUAUUAGAAUAUUCAACCUAGGUUUCUUCAGGAAAUUUGGGAACAGCAAGAAUUUACAGGGCUUUUUCUGUACCCUUAAUAUAGGGGUACAUUCCUGCCUUUUUUCUUAACUCUUAAUUGACCAUUGUAUUGACUUAUUGAAUUAAUAAUGGCCUUUUGGAAUUAGGCAUUCAUCAGUUGUGGUCAGUUUUCAAAUAUGGCUCUAUGGAAGCAAUGUGAUUGGUCUCUGAAGACAGUUUUCCCAUUUCCUCAAUGUGGAUGUAGCUUGCUCUUUGCAACUCAUCCACACAAGCCUUUGAUACUAUUGCCACUUCACUUCUUCUUCCAUAUUGACUUUUUGGAAUCACUUUCAUUCUUUCAACUAGUUAGAGUUCUGUUUACAGUUAAGAGAGCUUAAUUCAAAGUGUGGCUUCCCAUGUUGGGACAGUGCUACUUUCUCAACCACCUGGUCCCUAGUCAUUAUUCUGGGAAUGUUUUGAUUUGAGCUUAGACUGCUAGUACAAUACCAUUUUGGUGUACAAGAAAAUAACCUUUAAAGAUUCGGGUUAUAUUCCCUCCUGAUUGCAAUUCAUUGGAAAGCAGUUUGCUGGAGUAUAACCCACUCUUGGAAAGAAAUGUGAAUUGUGGUUCUUAAGGGAGUCUUAAACUGCCAUCCUGGAUAAUUGUGUAUUGGUCGGUCUUUCUUGUACCAAACUUGCGUUUGGGACGAGAUGCCAGACGAGCAGCACUGGUGCUAAGAUUCUAGUGUGGCUCACCUUCAGUUCCCACAUAACCCCUUUAUUUUGCUGAGGAUGGCCUUGCCUCUCCUUUGUGAAAGGAGCCCCACCCCCCUUGCAUUGCCCUGCUUCUGCAGGCAGAAUUGAAAAUGCAGUACAUAUGAUGUUGCACAAAUACACUACUUUGUUGAAGUUACUAGUUUCUUUUCUGUUAUUUUAGUUUCCAGGGUCUCUUCGUGAAGACUACAAGCAUCAAUGAAAAAUUUAACUUACUUCCAUGGUGUUGUUUACUGUCUCUUGGUUUGUUUUUCUCUUGGGUAAUCUUGUAGUGAAUUUUGAUAUGUUCCAUGUAAAUUGACAGCACUAAAACUUAGAAGAUGCUUGUGAUGAUGGAAGUUUUUUUCUUUUUUUAGUUGUAAACCUUGUUAAACCUUUUAGCAGCUAUAAUAAAUGUGUAAAAAAAAUUUCCAAUGGUUUUAAUUAUGAAUUUGUAAAAUGGACUAAUUUUGAGGAAAGUAGCACAAUUUGGGGUACAAACAAAUGGAAUUUGGCUUCCUUAAAUGAAAUAAUACUUGAAAUAAUAACAUUUGAUUUAUGUGUAGAAGAAAAAUAAGACUGCUUGGGACCAAGGACAGAACUAUUUAGAGCUUCUCAGCAAUGAAAGGGGCUGGCCUUGGAGAGAGGGAAUAAAGUUUUCCCUCCGUGGAGUUCAGGGAGCAGUACACACUCCAAUUAGGGGGUUAGACUGAAAGGCCUAGGAAAUCUUCCGUUAUUCAAAACUACCACACUUAUCUGAAAAGAAGAGUCCUUUGAAUUUCUGCUGCCCUUUUCCUCCUUCACAUUCACAAUCAAGUUUCCCAAUUAUUCCAUCUGGGAUCAAAUUGCUAAAAGAACAAAUAAAUCAUGUCUUGGAUAAUAUGUAUCCUUCCUGUAAAUGAUUUCUGGGGUUGAUUCUAUUUGUGCCUCUGUGAAAGUGCAGCAGACCACCAGAAUAAGUUUCUCUGGAUCUAAUCACUAUGUGACCAUAAACAAAGCAUAUUCCCUCUAUGCACCCCAAUUUCCUUGUCUAACA